AUGGGGAAAGGAAAAUCAAAAGGCCCCCUUUCAGAGUCAUUCCUCCAACUACCAGCCCAUUCUUCCACUAUCCAGGUUAUCGAUACACAUACACAUCUGGCUUCAACAUUCGAAAUGUACUACUCAAAAUACCGCAUGGACUCGAAGUAUCAAACCGUCUUUGACUUUAUUAAGGGCAUGUACGCUGGAAAACACAUAGAAGCAGUGAUAGACGUUUGGUGUGAGGCUCCAGUGCGUAAGCUUUGGAAAGAGUUCGCGGACUCUGCACUGCGCGAGGAAGAUAGAAAAAGUAAAUGGGGAGGCUUGGAAUAUUGGUUCGUGAUGGGUGUACACCCACACGAAGCUAAACUCUACAAUGAUGAGGUUGAAGCAGACAUAUUGGAAGCGAUGGAACAUCCUAGAUGUGUCGGGUGGGGUGAAAUGGGCCUUGACUAUCACUACGACAAUUCUCCGCGGAACAUUCAACAAGCGGUGUUUUCUCGUCAGUUGAAGCAUGCCGUAAGACUCAAUAAACCGCUCACAAUACACACUCGAGAGGCGGAUGCCGAUACGGAGAGGAUUCUUAAGGAACUCGUCCCGAAAGAACAUCCGAUACACAUACACUGCUUCACCGACUCACCGGAUUUUGGGCAACGACUGUUAGAUUACUUUCCCAAUCUCUGCAUCGGUAUAACUGGUGUGGUGACUUUUGCAACUAAUCUCGAUACGCCUGCUUUGAUUCGACGCAUGACUGCUCCCUCUGUAUUGCCUCUGCGUAUUCUUCUAGAGACGGACGCGCCUUACAUGGUUCCUGCCAACAUAUACACAUCAUUACAGGAUUUGCCCAAUAGCAAUGAUCUCAAGGGAAGAAGGUUGCCACUUUCUCAUAGCGCUAUGAUUCCAUGGACGGCAGACUUCGUUGCCGGAAUAGUAAACGAACAUUGGGAAGGAGAUGAAAACAAAGUAGACUCCGACUGGGUACUCAAAGUCGCACGCGACAAUGCGCGGAAAGUUUAUAGCGUGUAA